UCCAUCCUUAGAUUGGGGCUCCACACCGUGUACUACAGAUACCAGCAACCAGGAACAACGCCAGAGGAUGUCUGCACCCAGGCAGUGACUCUUCCAAGACGAUGGACUCUCCAGACGAGAUGGAUGCCAGAGGUAGCAGAACCCCUGGCAUCCGCGUGCCCCGUUUGGCUUACCUUGCUUACCGCGUGGUGAGCUGGGCUGACUUCUCUCGGUGGCUAAUACCGUUCAGAGAGAUUCAAUAGCCUAUGGGGCCGGGGGAUCUAGCCCCGAACGGUGACAGCUUACCCCGCUCGUCCAGUGUAAAAUUACUCCGUCACGCGUAGCUCGGAAGAACACGCGCCGAGGUCCGUGGCACCAAUCAGGAGCACGAAUCGCAGCAAACCCCGGAUAAAUCGAACACGCACCGUUGCUACCCCGGAUAAAUGCACGUCACUAACGGCUAGCGACAAGUGGAGAGAUGUUGGGGUGAGCCGUGUGGAGGACGGGGUACCAAGGGAGCUUCACUCAGAUGAGCCUAGAUCCAUGUUACCCAACACGGGAGGCGCGUUGCUGUCGCAGGGAUAAAGAUCACACACCCCCCGACCGUGUGCUUGCUUCUCUCCUCUUCUCGUUGCUCCUCCCUCACCUGGAUUGAUUCAUCUCAACUAACGUCAACAUGAGCAACGUCGUCAACGAGAAGUCGACGACCGCUGAGGUCGAGGCUCAGCACACCACCACUGGCGAGCCUGGCUACCCUGCCGGAGAGAAGGGCGAGCACUACAACAGAACCGGUGCCAUCGAUGCCGAGAGGGUCGAACAUGACAUGACGGUGCUCCAGGCCGUCAAGGCCUAUCCCGCUGCCAGUUGGUGGGCCUUCGUCAUGUCUUGCACAAUUAUCAUGGAGUCGUACUGUGUGUUCUUGAUGGGUCAAUUCAUCGCCACCAAGCAAUUCGCCAGGGAUUUCGGUGUUUACAGCGAAGUCGCCGGCGACUACAUCAUUGAGGCUUCAUGGCAAUCCGCCUUCCAGUGCAGUGGACCUCUUGGAGCUUUCAUCGGUACCUUCUUGGCAGGUCCCAUUACCAGUGCCAUUGGAUACCGAUGGGCCACCAUUGGCGGUCUCAUGUUCCUCAACGCAUUCAUCUUUGUCUUCUAUUUUGGCAACAGCCAGGGUGUCUUCUUCGCCUCCCAGAUUCUCGAAGGCCUCCCAUGGGGUGUUUUCAUCGCCAACGCACCUGCUUACUGCUCCGAAAUCGUGCCAAUGAGAUUGAGAGCUCCCGCAACCCAGAUGUUGCAGAUGUUUUGGGCUAUUGGCGCAAUCAUUGUUGGUGGUAUCACCUACCACUACCAAUCCAAGCUCGAUUCGUCCUCGUACAGAGUUCCUAUCGCACUUCAGUGGAUGUUCCCCACCCCUCUCGCCAUCCUACUCUUCAUUGCACCUGAAUCUCCGUGGUGGCUUGUACGAAAGGGCCGCUACGCUGAGGCUGAGAAGGCUGUAAGCCGCCUUGGGCGCGCGAGCGCAACUGAUAACCCCGCCGAUGCAGUGGCUAUGAUCCGUCGUACUAUCGAGCUUGAGAAGACUAUCAAGAAGCCAAGUCUUCUUGAAUUGUGGAAGGGCACCGAUUGUUACCGCACUUUGAUUGUGUGCGGUGUGUACGCAUCUCAGAAUCUUACAGGCAAUCUCAUUGCCAACCAAGCUGUGUACUUCUUCAAGCAGGCCGGUAUGGUCGAUGACACCGCGUUCGCCCUGGGUCUCAUCACCUCUGCACUCCAGUGUGUCAUGGUCAUGGCCUCUUGGGUUCUUACCACUUACCUCGGCCGCCGCACCAUCUAUGUGUACGGUCAACUCAUCAACUGUGUUUUCUUGGUUGCCCUCGGUAUCGCAGCUUCAGUCGGAGAAAGCAAGGCCGCUAGUAAUGCGCAAGCGUCGCUUGGUCUAAUUGUCUCCGUGCUUUUCUGUUUGGGACCCGCCCCUGCCUCUUGGGUCAUCAUCGGCGAGACAUCCUCCAUCCGUCUUAGGCCUCUCACCACCGGUAUUGGACGUGCUGCCUAUUAUCUUGUCAACAUCCCUUGCAUCUUCCUUGCCAGUUACAUGCUUAAUGACGACAAAUGGCACCUUGGAGGCAAGAGCGGCUACGUCUGGGCCGCCACCGCCUUUAUCUGUACCGCUAUGGCUUGGCAGUGGAUUCCCGAGAUGAAGAGCAGGUCUUACCGUGAAAUUGACAUUCUCUUCAGCCGUCGUGUUCAGGCUCGCAAGUGGACGAAGACCGAAGUCGACAUCAACGACGACGAGUAGACGGACAAGAAUGCUGUUCGGAGAAGCUUGGGUGUCCUGCCUUCUCGUGACGUCUUGAUAGAUGCGUGAGUGGCAUGAGCACCGAUAUGGAGAGUAACAGACUUUACCCCAGGGACACGGAGGCGCAAAUGUAGCUCGACAGUUGGGGUGUUCACCGUCGUUCCAUGUACCACUUGAUAGUCAUCUCAUACUGUUCGUUAUUACGUCCUAGGUCUUAGUAUAUUAAUCUCGAACAUGAUUUUCCCCUCUAAAGUUGCCGUGCAGAUAUUGGUUAAUUGACGAAAUCGCUUGUCGACCACACGCAUUGAUGCCUCCAGAUGUCGCACUUGGAUCAACCUAGCUCUGUGACGUACUGCUUUGAAGUCGCGCAAUCUGCGCGCUCGAAAUUCACAUGUAUACAAGGACUGGGCAUUACAAAAUACUUACAAUACCCCACCUAAAAACAUCCCAUAUGCUCACUUCAUCCGAAAUCCUUCCGUCUAAAUCAUCAAUGGACCCUGCCUGCCGUGAGACUGAUCUUCGGUGAGAUCGUCCCGGUGGCCCCGUUAUCAUGCAAGUGAUUAUGCGUGGAACAACCUUGGAACCAUGGGUUGAGCGGUAACGUGUUGCCUCCACAUUUUGCCUUUUUAUUUCCUUGGUUCUUGGGACCAACGCGCACCAACCCGUGUCGGCGCCAUCGGGGCGUCGGU